UUCAUUCUCCCUCUCCCGCCCCUAUAAAUACGCUCCCCCAUUCCCUCGCGAUGACCUUUCUUCUUUGCGACCAUUGAUCAAAGCUCGGAGCUCGAGCUUGCCCUUCAAUGGCGGCAAUCCAAAGACGGCUCCUCUUCAUUGUCUCUCCUUGCAGUCGUGCUCUUAAAUCCUCACUCUCGGUGAGCUCUUUUAUCUUUGGAAGUCGAGAAGAUUUGUGGAUUUUAGGGCUGGGAAUGGGACCAUUUCAUCGAAGUUUUAGCACGAAUGUUAUGGCAGAAUCGGGAGCUGUUGAUCAGCUACGUAGUGCUGAUGUUGAUGAUAAGGUUGAGAUGAUCCGGAGGCAGUUCGAGGAGGCCAAGCGGAGCUUUCUUGACAUCCCGGCGGCAUUGAAGGAGAUGCCUAAGAUGAACCCAGAAGGUAUAUAUGUUAAUAAAAAUCUUAAACUGGGGGAUAUACAAGUAUAUGGUUUUGAUUACGACUAUACAUUGGCACACUAUUCUAAGAACGUGCAGAGUUUGAUUUACGAUAUUGCGAAAGAGUAUCUUGUGAAUGAGCUUAAGUAUCCUGAGAGUUGCUUGAGGUUUCAGUAUGAUUCGAGCUUUCCCAUUAGAGGGCUCUCUUAUGACAGAUUGAAAGGGUGCCUUCUGAAGCUCGACUUUUUUGGGUCCAUUGAGCCAGAUGGGUGCUUCUUUGGGCGUCACAAGCUAAGCAUGAAGAAAAUCAAAGAGAUAUAUGGUACAAGACACAUUGGUCGAGAUCAGGCAGGGGGGCUUGUUGGUUUGAUGGAUUUAUUUUGCUUUAGUGAGGCAUGCCUUAUUGCAGAUAUUGUGCAGCACUUUGUAGAUGAUCAGUUGAACUUUGAUGCUUCUAACGUAUAUCAAGAUGUAAACCGAGCAAUUCAGCAUGUCCAUCAAAGUGGUUUAGUCCAUAAGAAAAUUCUCUCUGAUCCUCAAAAAUACUUUAUGAAAAAUGGCCAAAUGCUGCAUUUUCUGAAGAUGUUGAAGGAGAAAGGGAAAAAGCUUUUCCUGUUAACUAACUCCCCAUUUAAUUUUGUGGAUGGGGGGAUGAGAUUCAUGCUUCAGGACUAUGGUGAUAUUCGAGACUCUUGGAGGGACCUUUUUGAUGUUGUAAUUGCUCGGGCUAAUAAGCCAUGUUUCUACACUUCUGAGCACCCAUUCAGGUGUUAUGACAUUCAAAAGGACACUUUGGCUUUUACGGCAGUGGAUAAGUUUCUCCCAGAUCAAGUGUAUUACCAUGGUUGUCUCAAGUCAUUUUUACAGAUUACGAAGUGGAACGGUCCUGAGGUGAUAUAUUUUGGUGACCAUUUGUUCAGUGACUUGAGGGGUCCGUCAAAAGCUGGUUGGCGAACUGCUGCCAUAAUUCAUGAACUUGAGAGUGAAAUACGUAUACAGAAUGACGAGAACUACCGAUUUCAGCAGGCAAAGUUUCACAUAAUACAGGAAUUACUUGGGAAAUUCCACGCCAUAGUGUCCAAGUGUCAAAGAGGAGAAGCUCAUCAAACAUUAUUAGAUGAACUGAAUAAAGAAAGACAAGAUGCACGUGCUGCAAUGAGGAGCAUGUUCAAUAGCUCCUUCGGUGCCACCUUCCUCACAGACACCGGGCAGGAAUCAGCAUUUUCAUAUCAUAUUCAACAGUACGCCGAUGUCUACACCAGUAAGCCGGGCAACUUCUUGCUGUACCCACCUGAGGCAUGGCUUCAUGUGCCUUUUGAUAUUAAAAUCAUGCCACAUCAUGUGAAGGUUCCUUCAAGUCUUCUUAAAACACGAGAACAUAGCCAAGCACACUGUCAAGUAUCGUCUGGUUGAGUAAUUCAGGUUAGCUUGGCUCAUUACUUUUCCUUGACUUCACAGCAAUUUACAAAUGAAAAACAACUGUUUUGUCUUGAGAGUGCUCUGCUUGCUGACAUAUUUUCCACUGCCAGUGAGCUUUGCCUUCAAACAUUUAGCAUUGAAAAUUCUAUAUUAGUCUAUAAAACCGGGCGGCGGAAUUAGUUGAAUAUUCGUCGUUUUUCACACAGAUAAUUUUGUUGAGAAGCCAGCCACAUCAUCUGUUUCAACAAACAAAUAAUAUCCUUUGCCUUCUCUUUCCUCCCCUUGUUUUUGUUUUAUUUUUUUUAUUUUUUAUAUUUGGGUGUUAAUUUUAUGUUUGCGUAUAUCCCUGACUUUUCUUAAAUA